AUGGGGCAUCAAGAGGGAACCCAGGCAGGAGUGCUAUUGGUGUUUGCUGUAGAGAUGAGGCUGGAGAGGUAAAAUAUGCAAUGGAAAAGGAAAUUGCUGAAGGAUCAAAUAAUGAAGCUGAAGCUGUAGCAAUCCUGGAGGCUUUAAGGAUAUGCAGAGAUAAAAACUACUCUCAAGUUUGGUUGCAAACUGACUCCAUGUUGAUGAAAAGCAUUAUAGAGAAAGCAUGGAAACCCCCUUGGACUAUUGUGGACUUGAUGGAGGAGAUAAAGGAGCUAAUGGAAGGUUGCAGUAUCAGGAUAUCCCAUAUUUUUAGAGAAGGAAACAAAUUAGCAGAUCAUUUGGCAAACUUUGCACUGGACUAUGGGAACAUUGAAUGCCAUGACUUUUGGGAGUUGGAUUCAUAA